GAUCUUGAAGGGAAAUACAAAGAGUCCCGACGUUUCGAAGCAGAGAUGAACGAGCUGAAGGUCGCGAUCAUCGCUUCCAGCAACGUUUCGUUGCAGCUCCAGUCGCGAUUGAUAUCGCUUGGUGUCUCUGCCGAAGAUUUCGUCAAAAUAACGGACGGUCUACACAUGAACUCGUUGGACGCAUCAGCUCAAGCCCUGCUGAGUGUCAAAAAUGGUUGGCGAGAUCAUUUCAAAUCGAAAGUUUUAAACAUGCCGGGUGGCUACGAAACUCCUGUCAAUGGCACUGGCUCGGGGGCGACGAGUCCGAUGAGCACGAAUCCCAGG